AUGGCAUCUCACACUGUUUCCUGUGGUUCCUCUCUAACUCCUAGUGGAGUGUUUUUAAAGGCAGAGAUUGCUGCACAGGUAUCCUCUGUGGUAUCUGCAGCUUUAGCCGAAUUUUCCAGGAUUCAGGGAAAGCGUAAGAGGAAAUUUAAGAAUUCAGAUAGUAAGGUAUUUGUUCCAAGUUCUGAUUCACAGGUUCCUCAUAGAUCUGAGGAUGAGUCUCAUUCUGAAGUCUUUCCUGUGCCAGACUGUGCUAAGGAGAUCAUAACCCAGGAAUGGGAGAAGCCAGGAGUGGCUUUUACUCCGUCUCCUGUUUUUAAGAGGCUAUUUCCGGUGGAGACUUCUAUCAAGGAUCCUUGUCCCCAAAAUAUCAAAUUCAUGCAAGCACCAAUGGUGGUGAGUGAUCCUAAGUAUCGCGAGAAAGGGAAAGAGCAGAGUACCCCAUCAAACCGUAAAAGUACUGGAGUUGGCUCCCAGCCACAGCAGCACAGGAAGCCUCAUGUUAUGGUGACUUCUUCAGGGCCUUUCAGUGAUUCCCCACAUUUGCGAGCGCUGCUUCAAGAGAACAGACAGGCUGUAGUGGUUCACCCCAUUUCAAGAGACUCUGCCUCUCAGUCUCCUGUUAUUCAUUUGUCCCCUGCUGCCUCUUCAUCUGUUCUGAACCUUCAGCCCCCAAACCUUUUCCCGGUCAUUACCAGAGGAUGUUCUGAGACUGUCUGUCUUGUCGCAGGACUGAGUCUCACCAGCCUCGGGUGGGUCCAGCCGGAGUUACCUUUAGGAAAACCUGAAGAGGUCAUUUCAGGUAAAAACAGAUCAGCUUCUGCAUUACUGCACCAUCCAGAGGUCCUGAACACAGAGAAGACUCAUAAAAAGUCUACAGGCUUUACACAGAGCAAGGACAGCACUGAUCUCAUCUACCCGCUGUUGUACAGCGGUGUCUGUAAGUUUCCUGGGUGUGAGAAGGCCUUUGCAGAUUAUCACCAAUGCCUCAAGCACCUGUAUAAUGACCAUCACAUUGACGACAAGCGGACGGUGCAGUGCCUUAUCCAAUCAGAGCUGGUGCAGAACCUAGAGGAGCAGCUUGCAGUAGAAAAACAGAGACUUCAUGAUAUGCAGAACCAGCUGAACGGGAAGCUCAGCACUCAGAUAGCGCAUUUGUCAAAGCAGAGUGAGCACGGUACCACCCUGAUCCCUGUGUAUCCUGGUAUCUGUGCCAGGACAGGCCUGGACCUUUCUCUCCCAGUGCCGAAGGAUUUCUCAGACACAAAUCUGACUGUGAGAAGACAAAUUUGGGGCAACACCAGCAUCCUCCAGAAUGCAGCAAACUGUAUUGAGUAUUACAAAACCAACACUGUCAGACCUCCUUUUACGUAUGCCUCUCUUAUACGAUGGGCCAUACUAGAGUCGCCGCAAAGGCAGCUGGCACUGAGUGAGAUCUACCACUGGUUCACAAGGAUGUUUGCGUAUUUUAGAUUCAACUCUGCGACUUGGAAGAAUGCAGUGAGACAUAACUUGAGCCUCCAUAAAUGUUUUGUGCGAGUAGAGAAUAUAAAGGGAGCCGUGUGGAUGGUGGACGAGAUGGAAUUUCAGAGGAAGAAGGCUGUGCGGAGCUUUCACUGAGUCACAACCUGGUUGUCUGUCUAUGGAUCCCAACACACGGGUUUCCUUGUUUUUUAUGCAUUCCUCCCCUUUAUAAGUUACUGCUGUGUAAAUCCCCACUUGGCAAUAAAGUUUGACUAGUCUUG